AUGUUUAUAAUGGAUGUCUUGAGUCUAAUCAAUGACUUCGACCCUCGCAUCAGUCAAAACUACAACACUUUUGGUCCCAUCAAAGCACAAAUUGAAAUAAUCCCGUGUAAAGUAUGUGGCGAUAAGUCAUCGGGUGUUCACUACGGGGUUAUAACCUGCGAGGGCUGUAAGGGCUUUUUUAGGAGAAGUCAGUCGAGUGUUGUUAACUAUCAGUGCCCGCGACAGAAGAAUUGUGUGGUCGACAGAGUGAAUAGGAAUCGCUGCCAAUACUGCAGAUUACAGAAAUGUCUAGCACUGGGAAUGUCGAGGGAUGCCGUCAAAUUUGGCCGAAUGUCCAAAAAGCAGAGGGAAAAGGUCGAGGACGAGGUUCGGUUCCAUAGGGCACAACUGGUCCGACCGCCCGGACAGACAACCAAUGGAGGACAACCGCCCACUCCGACUACCGUUCCGUCGUCUUAUCCCUCGCAGACAUCAUCGGAAACAUCUCCCGAUAGCUCUGUACUCGAGCAACAGCCACAACAGCCGUCCUCCUCGAGCCAACACGUGCCCUACAAUGCCAUCACCAAUGGGUAUGUCUACCAUCAUGGAAUGGCAACGUUUGACCUCUCGGCCACUACUACCGACUUUGUGGACAGCACUACAUUUGAACAACAGAGACAACCCAUCGACUCCCUGCCCGACACCAACGGACUCCUAUCCACUACAGUCUCACCCAAUGCUAUCAUCAAUAGUGCACACUUAGAAUUAUUGGCCAAAACUGUGUCCGAAGCUCACGCGAGGACCUGUUUGUACACAACUGAACAAAUCGUUGAUAUGAUGCGCAAACCCAACGACCAAAAUAGGAUCAUUUACUUCAAAAAUCUGUCACACGAAGACCUUUGGCUGGAAUGCGCUUCAAGACUGACAAACGUUAUUCAGCAGAUCAUAGAGUUCGCCAAAAUGGUUCCCGGAUUCAUGAAGUUAUCUCAAGACGACCAGAUUGUACUUCUCAAAGCCGGUCCGAUCUCUCUUCGAUACUUUGAUUUAUCCACAAAACAAGUAUUGUUUGGCGACGGACUUAUGCCAAAGGAUGCAUUCCUCACACAAGCAGACAUAACUGAAUCAAAAUUAGUGAACCAAUCGUUUGAUUUGGCGGAAAGUAUUGCAGACUUGAAGCUCACGGAAUCAGAGUUAGCGCUAUUCUCCGCCUAUGCCUUAAUAUCUCCGGACCGUCACGGCUUGAAAGGCAUUGUCGAUAUCCAGCGUCUCAAUCAAGCCAUCGUCAAAGCGCUGAGGUUUGAGUUGAGUCGGACUCACGUCAAGCCAUUCAAAGGAGAUGUCAGUGUUUUCGAUGCCCUCAUAAAUAAGAUCCCAUUAUUGCGAGAGUUAAAUAUGCUUCACAUGGAAGCGCUCUCCAAAUUCCGACGCGCCUCUCCUCACAUGGAGUUCCCACCCCUUCAUAAAGAACUCUUUUCCAUUGAUAUCUAA